AGUUAUUAAAUCAACCAAAUGCAUAUCUCACAUGGUGACACUAACAUUGAAUAAAAACAAAUGUUUUUACUAGGUUAUUGGGAUGCCUGUUAAAGUGUAUAAACUGGACUUAAGUCCGCCUGCACGCGCAGUCAUAAUGGCAUGUGAUAUUUAUAAAGUGCCUGUGGAAUUCAUAGACGUCGACUUAAUGAAUAAGGAGCACCUCAAGCCGGCAUAUUUAAAGAUGAAUCCCUUACACACUGUGCCCGUUCUAGUGGAUGAUGACGUGAUUUUGCAUGACAGCCACGCCAUACUGAUCUACCUUUCAGAAGUUUAUGGCAACAACGGCACAUUGUAUCCAAAUAACGUGAAGCAGAGAGCUCUCAUUAAUCAGAAACUAUUUUUCAAUAAUUCGUACCUGUUUACGAGAUUAGGAAAUGUAACGUAUCCUAUUUUCAUGUCAGGUGCAAGAGGCGUGGAUCAAAAGAAACUAGAUGACAUUAACGUAGCAUACGGAAUCCUAGAAGAGUUCCUAACGAGGACAACGUUUUUAGCUGGUGAUAACCUUACUAUAGCUGAUAUUGCUGCGUUCACUACCGUCUGUGGCUUGAUGUAUAUUUUGCCGAUUGAUAAUUCAAGAUACCCAAAAAUAAAUUCAUGGAUAAAGAAAUUAGAAAAUCAACCGUACGCUAAGAAAUGUAACGAACAACCAGCUAAAAUGUAUGGACAAUUUAUUCAGAAAGCCAUCCAACAGUGAUUUUUAUAUCAAACUAGAUGGCCCUCGAUAUACUUAAUGUCACUUCUCACCGUUUAAACCAUCCCUAGACUUCGAGACACCUAUCAUAUCAAAACCAGCUAAAUCGGCCCAGUUGUUUUUAAGUUUUAGAGAUAUAAACUGACAGAUUUUGAUGUUUAUAUAAUAGAUGACUUAAAAAUAGUAUUAAAUCAUUUAAAGUAUU